AUGACCGACUCCGAGAGACUUGCGGCUGAACACGAUCCGCUGCUGCCACCCGCACAAUUCACAGGCGGCGGCGCGGCUGUCCCCGACGACGACGCCGACAACCGCACCGCGGCGCAGCGGCUGCGCAUCGCCAUCCCGUGCCUGCUGAGCUUCUUCUGCCUCAUGAUGGGCGACGCGCUCGCGACGACGCCCGUGAUGCAGCUGCGCGAGAACCUCAUCUGCCGGCAGCUGUUCCCCGACCUGCCGCCCAGAACGGACCUGACCCGCGACCCCCUUUGCAAGAGCAACCCCGUGCAGGCCGAGCUGGCCUUUGUCAACGGCUGGGAGCUGACCUUUAUCAUGAUCCCCAGCAUCCUCACCGGCGUGCCGUGGGGCAUCGCGGCCGACCGAUACGGCCGCACGCGCAUCCUGCAGCUGGCCAACCUGGGCGUCGUGCUCGCGCUGCUGUGGCAGGUUGUCGUGUACAGCUUCCCGGACGUGCUGCCGGUCCGCUUCAUCUGGCUGCAGGGCGUCUUCUUCCUCCUCGGCGGUGGCGCGUCCACGUACGGCGCGCUGCUGUACACGAUUGCCAGUGACAUUUCGAGCGAGGCGUACCGCGCGACGGCCAUCCUCUACCUCGGCACCGCCACCCACGCCGCCACUCUGCUCGGCGGGCCCGUGACGUAUCUCGCCAUGCAGCGCGGCGCCUGGUUCGCGUUGUAUCUGGGCAUCGCGCUCUGGCUCCUGGUCUUUGUCCUGACUGCCAUGAUCCCCGAGACGCGGAGCGACGCUGCGGUGAGGCGUGCGCGCGAGAGUGCCUUGCAGGAAGACGUGGGCCCGACAAAGCACGCCUGGUGGGAUGUGCGGCCCCUGGUUUCGAGUGUGAUCAAGCAGACCAAGAUGGUAACCCAAGUCAUCUUUCUCAACAAUGCUACCCUGGGGAUCUUGCUCUUCAGCACAGUCUUUACGACUUUGGGAUCGGCCGGCGGUACUCUGCAACAGCAAUACGCUGCCAAACGCUUUGGAUGGACCCUGGCCGAGACGUCCUUUUUGGCGUCCAUCAAGGGCGUCGUCAGCAUUGUCCUCACGGCGGCCGUGCUUCCCGCCAUCAGCCAGGUCUUACUGGCCAAGUGCAAGCUGGCCCCCAUUAUCAAGGACUGGUGGAUGACCAUCGGUAGCCUGUGUUUCAUCGUGGUUGGGAGCGCCUUUCUCACUGUCGCUGGUAGCAGUGCCUUAUUCGUCGCCAGCUUGGUCAUUCUUCAGCUAGGCAGUGGGUACGAAUUCGCCUUCCGCAGCAUGACGUCCGAGAUGGUUGACUCGUCACAUAUUGCUAUGCUCUUCACGGCAUAUUCGGUCUUUAUAAUGUUGAGUGAAGUUGGGGCUGGUCCCGUCCUUGCCGCCGUGUUUCGAGAGGGUCUCGACGUUGGUGGGAAGUGGAUGGCUUUGCCAUUUUUCCUCGCGACCAUUCUAUUUUGUACAACGUUGAUUAUCACGUGCUCGGUGCGACUGAACCGACAUACAAAGGCACAAAGCGUUGGUCAUUAA